AAAGGGCCAAGGCCAGGAGACGCCUGAGUGCAAAUCCCAAACAGGCCUGGCUCUGGGCGGGACCAGCAGGCCAGCGUCUCUCCCCGCUCAGCGCACAGGCUCCCAGGAGGGUGUCAGACCACAGCUCUGUGCUGACAGAGCCCGCAGCCUGUGGGAACAGCACUCCGGCUCCUGACACCCGAACAGAAUGGAGGAGCCGAAAUGUGAAUGGACAGAGCGCAUAGCUGUGGACUAUGUGAAGGGAAUCCUUCAACCCAAACCCACCUGCGACACCUGGGACCAGAUCUGGGACUUCCAGGCCAGGCCCGACGACCUGCUCAUCUGCACCUACCCUAAAGCAGGGACAACGUGGACUCAGGAGAUAGUGGACUUGAUACUAAACGAUGGUGAUGUUGACAGAACUCAGCGAGCACCUACUCACGUGCGGUUUCCUUUCAUCGAAUGGAUCAUCCCGUCCAUAGGAUCGGGCUUGGAACAAGCUAAUGCGAUGCCCUCGCCACAGACCCUGAAAACACACCCUCCCUUCCAAUUGCUGCCCCCGUCCUUCGUGGAGAAAAACUGUAAGAUAAUCUAUGUGGCGAGAAACCCCAAGGACAAUCUGGUGUCUUACUACCAUUUCCACAGGAUGAAUAAAGCGCUUCCGGCCCCAGGGACCUGGGAAGAGUAUUUUGAGAGCUUUCUGACUGGGAAAGUGUGCUGGGGCUCAUGGCACGACCACGUGAAAGGAUGGUGGGAAGCCAGAGACCAACACCGCAUCCUCUACCUCUUCUACGAGGACCUGAAGACGAACCCAAAGCAUGAAAUCCGGAACUGGGAAAAUUUAUUGGAAAAAAAGCUGGAUGACAAUGUCCUAGAUAAAAUUGUCCAUCACAGUUCGUUUGAUGUCAUGAAGCAAAAUCCCAUGGCAAACUACACGGUAGUCCCCGCUGAGGUCAUGGACCACUCGGUCUCUCCGUUCAUGAGGAAAGGGACCGUCGGAGACUGGAGGAAUCACUUCACCGUGGCUCAGAACGAGCGGUUUGACGAAGACUAUCAGCGGAAAAUGGCUGGGACAAGUCUAACUUUCCAGUUCUAGAGAGAGAAAGAGUUUUAGUUUAUUACCCAGCUCACUGGGCAACAACCGAUAGAAGUUCCAUUCCCCAGACACACGGCAUAGGGCCCGGGUUCUCGGACCAGGUGUCGCUCAUGUUUGCUUUCGCUCGCUCUACAAAGGAAAGCAGCAGUGACUGGGGACGGUGGGAUGGGAACUGUCGGGAGGAGGUUCAAUAAGCUCCUAGUUACACACGUGA